AAACACUAAAGUGAGAGGGUGCAAAAGUAGAAGGAAUAAAAGCAAGAAGAAAAACAAAGUUCUAAACCAAAAAGCUCCCUUUCCCAUAACAAGCAACCACAUCGAAUUUAAGUCUUAGCUGAAAUAUCAUUCUCAAAGCUACCUUUAUUUUUUCUGGCCCUUCCUCCUCCAACCUUCUCUCCUCCUUCCCUCUAUUCUUCUUCUUCUCUUCCAUGGCUAAUGAGAAGGACCAUUAUUAUGAUCCCUUUUAUUACAACCACCAUGAACUCAACCACUCAAACUUUCCAUUCUUUAGGGACAACAACUCAACACCAAGCUCACAACACUUUCAAGGGCUUGAUAAUCCCUCUCACUCCAGUUUCACUGAUUACUUACAUGGUUCCAUGGAUUACAACACCCUCUCAAAAGCCUUUGACUUGUCUUGCUCAUCAUCUGAAGUGAUCUCCUCCAUUGAUGACAACCCAAAGAAACCCAGUACAGGAGACUCCGUAGGGAUCAGCGGGAACCAAUCAACACCCAAUUCCUCAGUGUCUUCCUCAUCUAAUGAAGCCGAAGCAGUAAUAGAAGAAGACUCAACCAAAAGCCACAAAGAUAAGCAGCCAAAAGGGUGUGAAGAAGGAGAUGAAAAGUCUAAGAAAGAGAACAAGCCCAAAAAGAAAGAGAAAAAGGCUAGAGAGCCUCGCUUUGCUUUCUUGACUAAAAGUGAGAUCGAUCACCUUGAAGAUGGAUACAGAUGGAGAAAAUAUGGACAGAAAGCAGUCAAGAAUAGUCCGUACCCAAGGAGCUACUACAGAUGCACCAGUCAGAAGUGCAGUGUAAAGAAAAGGGUAGAGAGGUCAUUCCAAGACCCAUCAAUUGUGAUCACAACAUAUGAAGGACAACACAACCAUCACUGUCCAGCCACACUCCGGGGUAAUGCUGCCAGCAUGUUGUCUUCACCUUCCCUUUUUGGUUCCACAUAUAUGGGAUCAACCUUACCCCAAGAUGUCCUUGCUCAAUUGCUUCCAAGUUAUAGCCAAAAUGAUCACCAAAAUCCCAUGUUUCACCAAAACCUUUCCCAUAAUCCUCCUCAUCCACAGCAGCAACAACAACAGCAGCAGUUCCAACUCCCUCGUGACUAUGGAUUGUUGCAAGACCUACUACCAUCAUUCCCAGGCAAACAAGAGCCAUGAACUUAUUAAACAACUUAGUGCAUGUUUAGAUUUGAUUAUUUUGAGAGAAAUAAUCAUUUUAUUCUCAAAGGUUUUCUUAAAGAAUUAAAGUGAUAAAAAGAAGAAGAUUAUUUUUACGAAAUAAAUUAAACUAAACAUGCACUUAGCACAUUUCUAUUAGCAUGCCGUGGGCUUGCAGUAUCCACACUCUCUACAUAUGUGUAGUAAGUUGUAGCUGAUUCCCACUACUAAUAGUUAGCCCAUUUCUUCAAGUCAUGCAUGUGUCUAGAUUUGUAUGGAAGACAGGUAUAUAAAUAUAUCUCUAUAUAUGGUACGUAGUGGGAUCUAAGAAGCAUUAAAUGAGUAUUUUAGAAUUACUGCAGAUGACAUUGAUC